AUGCGGUUGCAACAGCAGUGCCAACAGCUGCCAGCUUUGCGACUGUUAUUCGUUUGCAUCGUUUUGUGGGCUUCGGGGCCCAUAGCCGCUGGUCAGGUCACCAAUGUACAGUUUAGUGAUGAAAACCCAGCGCUAUACGUACUUGCUGGAACUAUCAGCUGGGAUCCGCCGGCAGAUCUGACCGGCAUAACCCACUAUCUCGUUCACCCUGCAUGUAGUCCAGAUCUUUCCUUCGAGAAUGCCGGCGAUGGACCUCUCAUAGUGCAUCAUGGUCCCGGUGGCACCCUGCAGGAUGUUCCAGUUGGAACGAACUCCAUUCGCGGCGUCGCUGGGAACAAUGACUUUUUCUACAAGGCUUGCAGUCAUGUCCUCAGCUGUUGC